UAGAUAUAAAUUUUUUAUGUCACCUUCACCUUGAUGUUGAAUAUUUAUAUUCACAGGGAAGCCCCUUCCUUCAGUGACAUGGUGGAGAGAAUCUGUCCUUCUAGAUGACACAUACACCGUAACACCUCACGGAGUUGUCCGAAACGAGCUUGAAAUCCACUCACUGAAACGUCAUGAUCUUAUGGCUGUCUACACAUGCCAAGCUUCAAACAAUAAUUUUUCUCAACCCUCACUAGCUGCUGUAACAGUUGACAUGAACUUUAGACCAGUGUCAGUCAAACUGGAUGUCGGUCCAAGAUCCAUGUCUGCAGGAAAAUCCGUUGAUUUACUCUGCAAAAGUGCUGGUUCCAAACCACCCGCAAUUAUAUCUUGGUGGAUGGGAGCAACUCGACUGAAACACAACAAAGAUACAGUUUCGACUGAUGGCAACUUCACAACAAGUGUCCUCAAUUUUAGACCAUCCAUUGAAGAUAAUGGGAAACAGCUGACGUGUAGAGCAGAAAACCCUCUCAUUGCAGGUUCAGCUCUUGAUGAUACUUGGGAUCUAGAAAUACACUACAAACCUCAAUUAGCGUUAAGAUUAGGCAGCAAACUGAGACAUUUUCGAAUCCAGGAAGGUAAUGAUGUUUACAUGGAAUGUGACAUUCGGGCGAAUCCUUGGGUUUCUGAAAUUGGCUGGUCUUUUGAAGGCAGAGAACUACACACCAAUGUGUCUGCAGGAAUAAUAAUCAGUAAUCAAUCUUUAGUACUUCAAAGGGUGCAAAGAAUAAACAGAGGACAUUACACAUGCUCAGCUUCAAACUCAGAAGGAAUGGGAGAAAGCAAAGCUCUCUAUUUAUCAAUACAAUACUCUCCAGUUUGUGUACCUGGUCAAAAGAUACUCUAUGGUGCCACGAGGCAUGAAGAAGUCAAAGUGGUCUGUGAAGUGGAUGCUGACCCGACUGACGUCACGUUUCACUGGAGUUUCAACAAGUCCGGAGAAAAUAUGGAAGAGGUACCCUUUGUUAGUGAAGGAACUCGGAGCACUGCUACUGUUAAUACAAAGAGUGACUACGACUAUGGAACACUUACUUGCUCAAGCAGCAAUAGCGUCGGUAUACAGAGGGAACCUUGUGUUUAUACUGUCAUUACAGCAGGUCCACCCGAUCCGGUUCAGAAUUGUACCGUAAUGAACAUUACCCAGCAUUCAUUUCGCGUUGAGUGCGUCGAAGGAUUAAAUGGAGGAUUACGUCAAUAUUUCGUCAUGGAGGUUCAUGAUACAGCUUUACAUAGAUUAAGAGGCAACCAUACGGCGGAUAUUCCUUUCUUUUUGGCGAGAGAUCUACCAUCAGCUACUAGCUUUGUGGUCGUUGUGUACGCUGUAAAUACAAAAGGAAGAAGCCAAGCCGUAGUACUACGAGUAAAUACACUUCAUUCUAAACAAGCUGAUCAAAGAAAAGGGAGCAGAUUUCAGUUCACAUCUCAGGUUAUGAUUGUAAUACUCGCUGCUGUCAUUUUGGUUGUACUUUUGUCUGGAAUAACAGUAAUUCUCAUCAGAAAGUUAAGAAGGCGCAUGUUGGAGCAGAAAAGAAAUGUCAAAAGAAAUUCUAAAACAUGUGAUUCGCUGCUGAAAAAUAGCAAAGAUGGAAACAGAGAUUGUAUAUGUACGUCCGAUGAGGAGGAAAAACCAACUGUUAUGACGCCUGAAGUAAUAACUAUGGCCAGCUUUAUAGACAAUCAACUCUAUAAGCAGAGAGAUAAGUCUCCAACGUCCUCAUAUCCAGGAGAUCUUGAUAAUAACGAACCCCUACGUAGAAGAGACAGUAUAUUUGCGCAGGAGAGUACCUUUUAAUAAGUAUCUUUUAGCAAGGUACUUUUUAGAAGGUGUAUCAGGCAUGGAUCAUGGAUUGUGUCGUUCAAAGAGGGAAAAGCGAAGCAAAAAUCCUUGUGUAAUCAAACAUAUAGUUGGUCUUCUAGACUAAUGUAAAAGGAUCGGAAAUACCAGAAAAGCUGAUAAAUGUAUACCAGUGCUAUCUACUCUUGACGCAAAUCUGCUAUCAGUCAUUUGUUUCUAGACGAAGUCGAUUACAGAAAAUUAAUCAAUUACAGAAAAUUAUCUCAUAAAAUUAUUAUAUUACGAGACGUCAGGAAAAUAACAGAGAGUCCAACAACAAGUUUUUGUUUCACACCUGAAAGUGGAAGACGCCGAAUAGAAAUAUUGAUCCAAAAGUGUUUCAACAUUUCAUCUAGAAUUCAGGCAUUCGAGAAAUUAAAAGCAAUUCCAGAGAAGAAAAUGCUGUGCGACAUGCCUAUAACGAACAACAAAAUUAUUUCCAAGAAAAUGAAAUCCAAAACUCAUGAAAAUCUUCUAAUUCCGUAGUUCUGUAUCAGGAGUUUUCAUUUUUUUCCUAAUUUUGUUUCUCGAAAUUGUUAUUUUAAUUUAUUUACACUAAGAGCUUGCAUGAGACAUGGAGAUUUUAUGUUGAUCUUUUGAUUGAACUCUUUAAUGUAUAAAAUAUACUGCUCAGCUAAUAAUGGAAAUGAAAGAGCACGAUCAACUGCACAUAAAUGGUUCAAAAUAUACACCAAAAUUCACAAAGUGCCUUCUUUGAAGAAGAUCGAUCAAAACAGAAAUAUCAUCAACUUUAAGACUGUGCCAAUUCAUUGGAGUGUUAUAAUCAUAACUAUUUGUGGAAAUCUAUUUUUGUAUUUUCUGAUAAAAAAAAUGUAUUUAAACUUGUGUUUGCAUAAUUUUUGAAAGAAAGAUAAUAAA